AUGCCGGGCUAUCCUCAGCCCCUACGCACGGUGUCCAAACCCACGUUCCGAGUUGGAGAGGCGGGAAACAAGGGGCUUGGUCUUUUUGCUGCUCGUGCUCUCAGUCAAGGAGAGCUUAUCAUCGAUGAGCGGCCAUUGCUCAUCAGCGUUCGAGGGGUGCCCGUCGCAGUGCCCAUCUGGUAUAGUCAGGAGCAGACGACAAAAUACCAGCUGAGGGAGUUUGAGAAGUACCUAGAGGUGGUUUUGAAGGAAAUGCGGCCUGCAGAUCGGGAUGCUUUCAUGUCCCUUGCAAACAGCCAUACGACCGAUGGAUCAGGACCUAUAGCUGGUCGAAUCCGAACGAAUAGCAUCGGUCUGGAUGGACUCUGCCCUGAGAUGAGUGGUCCAAUGGCACAUUGCUGCCCCAAUACGAGCACCAACUUCCACGACGCGUCUAUCUCCUACACAGUCUAUGCAGCGCGUGACAUUGCGGAAGGCGAAGAACUGACGUUGGCUUAUUCCGACGUCUGGGACACUGCAGCGAAUCGCCAGCAGACCUUCAAGCCAUACGGAUUCGUUUGCGCGUGUGAUGCGUGUCUCGACCCCGUCAACUCCGACGCUCGUCGUGCCAAGAUUCGCUCGUUCGUUCCAACCGUCCAGUUGUGGGCCGUCAACCGGUCUUUGCCUGAUGACUGGCUCAUCAACAAGUGUCUCGAGCAAAUAGCGCUGUUGGAACAAGAGAAGCUCGAGGGCGAGGCGCAGUACCACGCCGCCAUCAAUGCCAUCAUGGAGGCAUAUAUUUGUCUGGGAAAUUCUCCUAAAGUGCGCCAUUGGGCGGCACGGGCACGGAAAUGCCCAUGGGCGGCAAACAUUUAUGUGCUGAUUGCCCUCAAGUCGCAUAGUCGCCACCCGCUGUGGCGCAUGCGGGUCGACGACAAGCCAAAGGGAGAAAUGGCGUCGCAGCUCAAGCGGUUGGCGGCACUCGCGGGCGGGACGGACAACGGAAGAGGGCUCAUAAUGCGUCCUUCGAGCCCUUGCGGUAUAAGCAUCUCGGCACGCACGCCGCACGCCGCGUACCUCGGAUCUUCCUCCGCCGCAGGCUCCUCCUCCGCCGCCUCGCCGCUCCCAAACGCUGAACUGGUCAGCGGUGCAAGCGUGUUUUCUGCAUUCAGCAGCACUUGCCAGGCUGGGUAUGCUGGCCGGAAGUGA